AUAAAAAUCAAAAGUUGUAUUCAAAUAGCUGUCAGUCGGAACACAAUAGUCGUCGCGCAAAGUCAUGGGAACUCAUAAUUUACUACUCCUAUCGCUAGCGCUACUAGUCGUGGGCUGCGCCUACGGACAGCAACCGCCCGGUGCUCGUCAGCAACGGACUAACAGCCCUAUUAUGCAGAUAAAGAAGUCGGUGGACAAGAAGUUGUGUUCCGACACCGACUAUACCCCGGAUAUUGUGGCCAAAAUCGAGGACUGCGACAAAUUUGACCCUCACUAUAAAAUUGAUAUGAUGUAUAAGGAGUGUCAGGAUCUGGUGCCUAAGGGUGAGCUCAGUUGGAAUGAUAGGCGAAAAUAUAAUUGCAAGAUGAUGUAUAAGGAGUGUCAGGAUCUGGUGCCUAAGGGUGAGCUCAGUUGGAAUGAUAGGCGAAAAUAUAAUUGCAAGAUGCGUGAGUGUUAUGAUCGCAAGUUUCAGUCCCCGGAUUACAAUAAGACAUGGGAUGAGAUCCGCAAGUUAUCUGACGUUGAGAUCGAAAAGAGACAAAUGCAGAAAUUUGAGUGUCUGGAGAAAGCGUUGUAAAGCGAUAGAUUAUUUUUGAACCACUUUUUGUUUGUUUUGUGUGUAUUAUUAAUUAUAUAAUUUCAUAAUAAAGCCAUUGAGAGUUGUACUGAUGAUAUAUAUUAUAAAUAAAAGUUUACAAAAAAUAUA